ACCUGGAGGGAGAAGAAGUGGGAAGGGAUUGCUGUAAACAGAAAGAAAAGAGUGAAAGAAAAAAAGGGAGAAGAUAAAUCAAAGCAAUAGCAGCAUCACUGCUAAUGGAUAUUACACUUCCCUCCGUGAGCUCAGCUGCAGGGAUGUGAUUUAGAGGCCUCGGUUAGAAAGGUGAGCAGGAAAUGAAGCAAUGCUCUGAGAUAUGGUAUCUUUGGAUAAAUAGCUGCAGGAGGAAGGUGACCAGAGGUGGCCAUUAUUUGCCAAUAAUUUCUUCCCAGUCCCAAAUGAUAUUACUGUUUUGCUAAAGCCAGAGCCUUCAAAGCUUUGGAGCCUCUGAAGUUACCUGGCAGCCAUGGUCCAGGUAAAAGCCCUGUAGAGAUUGUGUUGAGCAGGUUCAAACCAUCCUAAACACGUCUUGAAAGAACCCAGGUGAAGUGAGGGCAGGAGUCUGAAGGUUUGUGUCAUUUUUCCUCUCAGGUAUCCAGGAGAAGGGCUGGGGAUCAGCAUGGACAAAUCCAUCUCCUACUACAUGGAAGGAGGGAAACAAGGUCUGAAACAGGCAAAGGAGGAUGAACAUGGCCUAAUCAUGGUUGACUUCCAGAGAGUGGAGAGGACCAAGCGCUCCAUCCUGGCCAGCGAUGAGGCAGUGACUGGAGGUGAGCAGCUCGGCUCCUGGAGGAGGAGGAAGCUCUGGCCUUUGCAGACCCCCUUCUCCUCCUUAUGGAAAGUCUCAGGCCAGGCAUGGGACCAUUGGAGGGAGCCAACAGCACAUUCACCGUGGAGAAGACAGCAUUAGAUGAGAAGCUGCCACACAGCUGGCCUGCCAAGGACUUUGUCACUCCUACCCAGGAUCUCUCUGGGUCCCGCAGUGUCAUGAUGGACAGCACCAAGAUCUUGGGGGUCCAGGUCAUCCUGAUUGCUGCCUACUCUCUCAUCAUUCUGCUGGGGUUCAUUGGAAACUCCCUGGUCAUCUACAUCAUAGUGAAGUACAAGACCAUGAGGACUGUCACCAACUUCUUCAUUGCUAACCUGGCCCUGGCAGACCUGAUGGUGGACACCCUCUGUCUGCCUUUCACCCUGGUGUACACCCUGCUGGACGAGUGGAAGUUUGGAGCUGUCCUUUGUCACCUGGUUCCUUAUGCUCAAGCUCUGAGUGUCCACGUGUCCACUCUCACCCUGACUGUGAUUGCCCUGGAUAGGUACCGCUGUAUUGUUUUCCACCUGGACAGCAGGAUUUCCAAGAGGCUCAGCUUCACCAUCAUAGCUGUCAUGUGGCUGGCAGCAGCUGUCCUAGCAGGGCCUCUGGCCAUCUUCAGGGAAUACCGAUAUGAGGAAAUCCCAUCCAUUAACCUCAAAAUGGCUGUUUGCUCAGAAAAAUGGCCCUCUGCUAGCAACAGAGAUGCCACCAUCUACAGUCUGUCCAUGCUCCUCCUGCAGUAUGUUCUUCCUCUUGCAAUUAUUUGUUAUGCCUACACCAGGAUCUGGUUCAAGCUGAAAAACCAUGUCAGUCCCACUUCUAGGAAUGAAAACCAGUGCCGGAGGAGGAAGACGACCAAAAUGCUCGUGAUGGUAGUUGUGGUAUUCGCAGUCUGCUGGCUCCCCUUCCACAUAUUCCAGCUUGCCAUUGAUCUUGAUCUGGUUCUUAUCUUCCAUGAGUACAAACUCCUGUACACUGUCUUCCAUGUCGGGGCCAUGUGCUCUACCUUUGUCAACCCCCUGCUCUAUGGGUGGAUGAACAAGAACUACAGGAAUGGCUUCCUUAUGUUCUUCCGUUGCCAGAACAAGCCGGAAAGCAUCCACACUGAAGGCUCGGUCAGAGGGAGGUCUUACAUCUUCAGGGCCAACACCCUAAAUGGGAGCAUCAAACAGACUCCUGGCAAUGGAGCACUGCCCACAGAGGUUUAGGGAUGGGACAUCCACCUCCAGGAUUGAGGCUGGCUGGGCCCAGAGACAUUCUUGGGUGAAUGCCUUUUUUUGACAGAACAUUGUGCUGCCAAUUAUAGCCACAGCAGCCACAUAGAAAUACGAAAUACCCCCUGUAUCUCUCAAAACAAUAAACCUGGUGUA